AUGUCCAACUCGCAGCUUCUUGAUAUUGAGCCUGGUGGUGAAAACACCCAGUAUGAGUCUAUUCGGGAAUUUACGGAAACCCCGGCGAAGCAAACAGGACAGUUAGGAGCCAACUCUACACAUACAACCAGUCAAAAAUGGACAACCCCAGACCCAGACGAUGGCGAUACUCUAGAUGCAAUUGAAGAUAGUGAACUGGCCCGAACUGCGAGACUCGACACCGAAAUCCAGGGUGGUAAUAGUAGUAAAGACCCGAACCUCGAAACCCAAGAUGGUGUACCGAAGAACAGGAGACAACAAGGGUAUGGACCUGGUUCAGGCGUCGGAGCUUAA